UUCUGGGCCGGAAGACCGCCUGUGAUUACGCACCCCUGUCUCUAGACCUCUGUCCUCCUCCUCAACCCCAGUGCACAUGUGAGCAUUUGUAGCAAAAUUGCUGGGCUUUGGAGAGGAGAACUGGGCUGAGAAUCCUCCCGGGGCCUUGAAAGUUCAUCUCUGACCCAAAACAAUCCAAGGAUUUCUUUUGAAGACCACCAUCACGAAAGUACAUUUGCAAAUUGAAAAAUUUGGAUGGGAUCAAAAAUGAAUCUCAUUGAACACUCCCAUUUCCCUACCAUGGAUGAAUUUUCUUUUUCUGAAAAUUUAUUCGGUGUGCUAACAGAACAAGUGGCAGGUCCUCUGGCACAGAAUUUGGAAGUGGAACCAUACUCCCAAUACAACAAUGUGCAGUUUCCCCAAGUUCAACCACAGGUUUCCUCAUCAUCCUAUUAUUCCAACCUGAGUUUCUACCCACAACAGCCUGAAGAGUGGUACUCUCCUGGAAUAUAUGAACUCCGGCGAAUGCCCCCUGAAGCUCUCUACCAGGGAGAGACUGAGCUAGCAGAGAUACCUGUAACCAAGAAGCCCCGAAUGGGCGCAUCUGCAGGCAGAAUAAAAGGGGAUGAGCUGUGUGUUGUUUGUGGAGACAGAGCAUCCGGAUACCAUUAUAAUGCACUGACCUGCGAGGGGUGCAAAGGAUUCUUCAGGAGAAGCAUUACCAAAAAUGCUGUGUACAAGUGUAAAAACGGGGGCAACUGCGUGAUGGAUAUGUACAUGCGGAGGAAGUGCCAAGAUUGUCGACUAAGGAAGUGCAAAGAGAUGGGGAUGUUGGCUGAAUGUAUGUAUACAGGUAUCCACUUCAAGCAAUUACAUUCCACUCAGAGUCUCUUAAGAAGGCAGAUGUCAGGUUUGUUAACUGAAAUUCAGUGCAAAUCUAAACGACUGAGGAAAAAUGUGAAGCAGCCUGCAGAUCAGAUGAUUAAUGAAGACAGCGAAGGUCGUGACUUGAGACAGGUGACCUCGACGACCAAGUCAUGCAGGGAGAAAACUGAACUCACCCCAGAUCAACAGAAUCUUCUAUAUUAUAUUAUGGAUUCAUAUAACAAACAGAGGAUGCCCCAGGAAAUAACAAACAAAAUUUUAAAAGAAGAAUUCAGUGCAGAAGAAAAUUUUCUCAUUUUAACUGAAAUGGCUACAAGUCAUGUACAGAUUCUUGUUGAAUUCACCAAAAGGCUGCCAGGCUUUCAGACUUUAGACCACGAAGAUCAGAUUGCUUUGCUGAAAGGGUCUGCAGUUGAAGCUAUGUUCCUCCGUUCAGCUGAGAUUUUUAAUAAGAAACUUCCAGCUGGACAUGUUGACUUGUUAGAAGAAAGAAUUCGAAAGAGUGGUAUCUCUGAUGAGUAUAUAACACCUAUGUUUAGUUUUUAUAAAAGUAUUGGGGAAUUGAAGAUGACUCAAGAAGAGUAUGCUCUGCUUACAGCAAUUGUUAUCCUCUCUCCAGAUAGACAAUAUAUAAAGGACAGAGAGGCCAUCGAGAAGCUUCAGGAACCACUGCUGGAUGUGCUCCAGAAGCUGUGUAAGAUUCAUCAGCCGGAGAACCCGCAGCACUUCGCCUGCCUCCUGGGGCGCCUGACGGAGCUGCGCACCUUCAAUCACCACCACGCGGAGAUGCUCAUGUCCUGGCGCGUGAACGACCACAAGUUCACCCCGCUGCUCUGCGAGGUCUGGGACGUGCAGUGACGCGCGCAGCCGGCUGGCUGGAUGCCUUUCCCUCGUGAUAGAAAUCUCACGCAUAACUUCCAUUCGUUUUAUUUGUACUUGGUUUCAUUCAAGGAAUCUUGAUGACUAUUUAUGUAGUAAUUACGCAUCUGACUUCCGCGAUUGUAAGCACAGGGCUGGGCAGAAACGCUUUCUCGGCUCUUCUCACAGGCUCCAGGGAAUCCCACAUUCUUAUCGCCCUGUUUGCCUAAUUCAAUUGAUUGUUGCUUCCAUUCUAUCUGUGGAACUAGGGGGGAAAAAGUCUCAUUUUGCUCUUUAUUUUAACGUAUUGAGUAUAUAUUUUAUUAAAGAGUUGCAUUCAAGUUUGGCAAUAAACUGAACAUCAUGGCAGUAGGUUUUUCUGUGGGAGAAAAAUGUGACAAAUAUGAAAACUUUUAUUUCUUUAAAUGCUGCAAGCCAUUCUACUGAAGGGGGGAGGGAUUUACACAGGCAGAAAAACUCUUACAACAUAAAUGGCAGAUCUCUUAUCCUGGAAAAGUCCUGGUGAUUAUUCAUUCCUUGGUAACAACCCUCUAAUCAUAUCCUCUUCUUUGAAGUUCAAAGAGAAUAGUGUGCAGAAAACUUAAUAAUUUUCACACAAAAUAUUCCCUCAAGCAAGCCCUUCCCCCAUCAUUGGGGUCUCAAGGCAGCGUUACAAUUCAGCAUGUACAGAUAACUGGGACCUUCCCUUUUGUCUCUUAAAAGAGCUCACUCUUGGCUUUAGUGUAUACAAUUAAUCAUGUUUGCUUUUUAAAAACACUCCCACAGCUGGGUGUGCAGCUGUUGUAGACUUCCCCCAGAGCAGGAGUUAGUUCAUUUCCUUCCUUCAUUGUUAGACUGUUGAAUUCUUCUCCUCAUUAUCCUUUGCUGAACACAAUAAAACACCUUCUAUAAGUAA